AUGGACCAUAGAGAAGAAGGAGGAAAAUCACUAUAUAACAACUGGACAGUUAGCGGUAAUAGAGUGACCUCUAUUGACGCUAACAGUAUUAUUAAUCGAGAUGCUCGAAAUAUAAAUAUUAUUGAAAAAUUACAUAAACAUUGUCAUUCAGUUAAAAUAAUUGCUUUACGAAGUGCUGGAUAUAGUGGUUCAUCAAUAGAAAUAGCUAAAAAAUAUGGCAUUGAAGUGUGUCGUGUACCAAGUUAUUCACCACAUGCUGUGGCUGAACAUUCCUUAGCUCUUUUACUUUCACUUAAUCGUAGUAUGCAUCAUGCAUUUUUUCGAACAAAACAACAUAAUUUUACUUUGGAUGGUCUUGUUGGUACUGAUGUUUUUGGAAAAACAGUUGGCAUUAUUGGAACAGGCGGUGUAGGAAUGUGUGCGGUAGAUAUAUUUUUAGGUUUUGGUUGUAAAGUUUUAUGUUACGAUAUUAAACCUGAUGAAGAAGCAGCGAAAAUAAAAGCUUUCGAAUAUGUAACAAUGGAUGAAUUACUUCAAAAAAUUUCUCUGUAUGCACCAUUAAACAAAUCAACAUAUCAUUUAAUUGAUAAAGCUGCUUUUGACAAAAUGAAACAAGGUGCUAUGUUAAUUAACACAAGCCGUGGUCCUUUAGUAGACACUAACGCACUUUUAGAGUGUCUUAAGUCAAAAAAAUUACGAGGUGCAGCUUUGGAUGUAUAUGAAUUUGAAGAAAAAUAUUUUUUCAAUGAUUUUAGUCAAACAGUUAUGGAUGAUGAUACGUUAGCUCGUUUAAUUUCUAUGCCAAAUACAAUCGUUACAUCUCAUCAAGCAUUUCUUACCGAAGAAGCAUUAAAAAAAAUUGCUGAGUCAAUUGUUCAAAGUUUACUUGACUUUUUUCAUGAACAAAAAGAAAAAACCUAA